CGACAGAUACGACCGAGCCCGAGGAGGAUCAACAGUCUGCCAGGCAUCAGCGUCUUCCUACGGAGUACCUACGAAUCCAGACCGUAUUCUUGACGGGGGAAAACUCUACAGCGAACGUUACAGUCUUCUGGAUGCCUGUAUCACGCAGGACUAAAGAGUUCUUCUGUCCGUUGCUGGUGUCCACGACCCUCACCAAGCUGGAUCCCGUACGAGAGUGCAUCCGGGAGUCAAAUAGGGUACAGCCAUAUAUCUUGGCUUUGUCAUUAUGGGAGCGAAACGCCGCCGCCUAGCCUUGUCAUGUGUCGCCUGUCGUCGUCGCAAGGUCCGGUGUGAUCGAACCUUUCCAACCUGUGUCCGAUGUCAGAAAGGCGAAGUUGCUUGUGACUAUGUGCCAUAUACUGGCGUCACCAAAUCAACAGAUACACUCCCCACUCCCUCAGAUGCAAGUCAAAGUCGCCCUCGAGAGCAAUCAGUCUCUUCGUGGACAGACGAAGCUACUGCUUGGCAUGCUCAGUCUAAGGAUGCUGCUCAGCAAACCCCAGCGCCAGUGCAGCAAACUGGCGCCGUUAUAGCACCAUCAGCUGCGCGUUCACCAGCUCAGUCUGCGCUGCAGUUACAGAAGCGAAUAGAAUGGCUGGAGAACUGCGUGCGAAGUUCACCUACAGGACGAUUGCCGCCAGCUCACCUCACUUCCGAGCCAGACUUUCCUCGACUUGCUAGGACCUCUUUGCCUGUCGCAUUUUCGCCAGACCAAAAGCCAAUCUUAUUCCGGGGAAAGGGCCUCAAAACCAAAUACUAUGGUCCUAGUCAUGCCGCCAAUAUCCUUUCGCAUUCCGACCAGCUAUCUAAUUUUGCCAAAGAAGUCCUGACCCGGGUUCCUGCCCUGGAGAAAUCAAGAGCGGUCUGGAAAAAGAAAAGACAUUCCCAGAACCACCAUCCAACCCUCCCUGACCUAGCUGCGUUACUGAGACUGGUGCCCGAACCUACUCGGUGCGAUGCUCUCGUCCAGGAAUACUUUUCCAAUUUUGAGACAACUUACCGCGUCCUCCAUAGUCCCACCUUCUUCCAACGUUACAAGGAAUUCUGGAAAUCUCCUGAAAGCACCUCUCCCUCCUUUUUGGUCCAGUUGCUCCUUGUAUGUGCCUGUGUCAACUCUGUUGUCCCCGGUGGCCCUUCAGGCUUCAUCGGACGCAGCUCUGCUGCUCAUCAUGCCGCUGUGGAAUGGAUUGACAUCUGUGGGCUGUGGCAUGAGCAACAAAGCCACAAGCACGUGACUUUGGACAAUUUCCAGGUGUGGGUGUUACUUCUCAUCGCCAAACGGUUGAACCGUGUCAAAGUCAAGCGAGAAUGGACAUUGGCAGGACAAGUCUUGCGAUCAGCCAUGGCGGCUGGACUGCAUCGUGAACCUAGUUUCCAACGUGCCUCCAUUUCGGUCUUUGACCAAGAGAUGCGCCGGCGCUUGUGGUACACCAUUGUCGAGGUUGAAUUACAAGCUUCGCUCGAUCGUGGCCUAUGUCCAGGGGUACAACCAUAUGAGUGGGACUGCUUGCCGCCAAUCAACAUCCACGAUGAGGACCUCGAUCCUGAUAUGCAAGAACUACCAGCACCCAGAGAGUUGACUGACCCCACCAGGACUUCCUUUUUAUAUCUAGCUCAGCAGACACUGCCACUUCGUAUAGAGAUAUUGACACGCAUCAACAGCGUACGGUUUGGUCUAGACAUUGAGAUGGCCUUGGACUACGACCAGAGACUAAGAGAAGCCCUCCAACGACUCCCUUUAUGGAAAGACAAGUCGUCUGCUGUCGUUGCACAAGACCUGUCCAAAUUGAUACUUUAUGAGUACAUCAUGCUCAUCCAUCAGGGUUUUGAUAGGCAUUCCAACGACACACCUGCAAGAAACUUCUACUCACAUGCCGCACGACAGGACGCCGCAUUGACAACACUGAAGAUGUACGUCCGCAUGCCUCUGAACCGCGCAUUGGCCUUCUGCAACUUCUCAGAAGUCUUGUUCCGUGCGUGUUUGGCCGCAUCCCACUGCGUCUGCAUCUCUCAUUCUAGCCACACCAGCUUGAAUCUGGACCCGGAAAAGGCCUUAGAACUUACGAUGGAAGGGUUAGGGGUUCUAGAGUCUCGAAUAGGAAGGCUGGGGCAAGGUUUCUAUGAAUUUUGGAUUGGGUCAAGUGCCGCCGGCCUCGCACGCAAAGUCUUGCCGGAAUCGCCAUCGACAGAGGUUUUGGCACAGCAAACUGCUGAUCGGAUUGCGAGACUACACGAGAAUCUGAUGUUGGGACAAGUCAUUCAGCUGACUCCCGAGUCGAUGGUCGACACUCCAGAAACUUCUUCCAAGCCCGACCACUCGAUGCCUCCACCAAGGAUGAACAUGAAUCCAGAGCCACCCGUACCCGACUUGGAAGCAUUCAUGGCCCAGCAAACAUUCAAUCCGUUUUCUGAGACACUCUUCGAUUUUGACGUCGUCGACUUUUGGAACACAGAUUACUCUGCUCAAAUCUGACUUGGGUCACACGCCUAGAUGGGCAUCUUUUUUAACAUCUUCAAACCCUAAAUAAAGCAUUUCCUCUGCUGAAUUGGUGCCGUCGUCAUGGAUUUCGACCCUGACGUAUCGCUUUGUGAGAUCAGGUCUAUAUGUUGUGGGACGAGUAUGCAUGAUUGGUCGAGUGGCUUGUACUUGAAAUUUGUGAUCGACCGUGUUCUCGAGCCGUGAACGUCUUUUCGCUCGGCAUAUGUCGUCCCAGAUGUCCUCGAGAACAUUAAAGUUGACCGAAAGCGGGUCAUAAAACUCUGCCAAGGACUGAAAUAUGUUGUCGAGGUGCUCCAGUUGUGGAUAUAGCUUGAUGAUUUGGUCUAUGAACCACCAACGAUCUGGCUGACCUCGAGAUGCAUUGGUACCCACGAUCAAGACAUUCAACAAUGUCGUAUAGCAACGCGAGCUCAUCAUUUGGAGAUUCAUAUUACACAGUCGAUCCUUCAAUUCGACCACGUUUGUGCGAAUAACCGGAGCACUCGUGUUGAAGCUGAUGGCAUUAAGAUAAACCCAGAAGAAGAUGGCGAUCUGAUAACAACGCCUGAUCUCUGAAAAUUCGGUCUCGGUUAGUUCCCAACUUCCGGGGUCCAUACGGUGAAUCGCGAUGGCGCUGUGGGAAAGGAGAUUGGCGCUCGGACUUUCAGCACGCCAUGCGAGCUCUCGCCCGGCCAGACAUGCACGGUGACUAUACCAUUCACGAUCGCAUGACCACAGCUUUCUGUCCAGCUCGACAACCUCCUUUGACUGUCCUGGGUCAUUGUCGUUCGUAUAGCGGACGAAAAAGACCGAAUCGUGAUGGAGAAAUGAUCCUAUGAUGUUGACUCUCGACCUGGCCGGAGGUCAGUCCCAAUCUCGAUGCUUGUUGCUUGUGGUGCACUUGCACUGUCAUUUCCUUCUCCAAGACCCUCUCAUCAAUGCCUUUGAGUGCUGUUAUUUGUCUCAAAGCUUGAUAAUGCAUCCUGCCAGUCUCUCCAUCUGCCAGGAGGACCUAUCGCAAUCAACUGACCGCCCCAAAACAUGUAACGCCAACUCAAAAUCCGAUUGCAACGAUGAAGAGCAUACUCACUGAAAGUCUGUACAGAAAUAAAAUAGCUUGGUAGCACGAGUCGUCGACGAUGCUUGCGUUGCGGCUCAAGAGCGCGUUCAGCUCCGCAAGGCAUCUAGUGUGCAAACGUAGCCACGGAGGAAUAGGCCAGACCGACGGUGACCCUCUGGCUGGCAGCGGAGGAAUCACAACACCAGGGCCCCUGUUCAGGAAAGGUGGUGUGUCAGCACGUUGAGCGCUUCCAGAAUGUGGGUCGCAGUGCUCCUCAUUGGAGUCAUGACUCACCCUUUGAGCAUUCCCGAUUUGAAAACCGUCGUAUAGGUAGCCAAUGCAUAGGCAAGCAGAGGAGAGGAUUGAAUCUGGGGUAAAUUGUCUAUCCACUGCCAAUCCGGGAUCAAGUGCGUCGCAAAUGGUUGGAUGACUUUGAGAUAGAAGUACAAACUUGCCCUAACUUCACUAUCGUAAUUGCUGUUGGAAAAGG